CUGUGACUCCUGGAGCCUCAGGGGUCUGCUGGACUUUGAAGUCUCCUCUGCAGUAGAGGUUAUUCAGCUCUAUAAUAGGAUUACUCCAUGUAAAAAAACAAAUUGAAGGAUCAUACUUGACCUCAAACAACAUGUUUUCCACUCUUUAAACUCUCCCUCAGCCCUUUUUCUCAUUAGCACAGCUAAAAUUCUCCUAACACUGAUUCAGGACUGAUUCAAGAUUGGCUGGACUCAGGAGCGGUCCGUGUCCUGGAGAUGACCGUGUGUUGGGGCUCUUGACGCUCUGACUCCAUCUGCAGUCCAUGCUUUGCAAAUCUCCCUUAAGCUAUUCAGUGGGAUUUGCUUCUCAGUCCUUUCAAACCUCUUCCUGUUUCUUGUGUAUUUUUCAAACUUUUUUCUUCCACUCAACUUUCCAAUAGCAUGCUUGGAUGCAGAAGUUCUGUGAACGGCCAGCUUCUUAAGGAAUGACCCUCUGAGCUGCAAUGGUCUUGUCAGCAGUCUUCACAAUCAUUUUUUAGUGUCACAUUCUGUGCCCAACAUUCUUAGAUUCUGAAAGUGAAAUACUCCCAUUUCCUGUGAUAUCUUGGGUUUUUAUUGGCCAUAGUUAAAAAGAACAAAUAAAAUAACUGAAAUGCAGAAUUGUAGUAAGUUCCACUUUUUAAACUGAACUACCAAUGUCCAAAGAGCUGCUGCACCUGUGUGGGAUUUAUUUGGAGGUGGGUUUGACUGUUACUACCUCACUGUCUGUCCGAACCCGGCCCAGUAAAUUCAGACCCGCUCUCAGAGGACCGAACCUGACAGACCUCCACAGCCUCACCCACAGCUUACCUCCCACCCUUGUAAACGGCACGGAGCCCCGGUACUGGCUGCACGGCGGCUGCGCGUGCGGCAGCUAUCCUGCACGUGCGUGCGCAGUUCCUAUUUGCUCCCUUGGAGACGGUGAGCAGACCCAGUCCCGACCUGACGACUCGACCCGGUGAGUCCACCUGUCCGUGUUGUCCUCCGCCCGCCGUCCUGUUUGUCUUGUCUCGUUGUGUCCGUGGAGUGAGACGCAGACUGUGGACUCUCCCGGCUGUUCGCGCGCGCUCCGGCCGCCAGACACUCCAUCACUGACCGACACAACGACCCGCCGCUCGCCGCCUGCCUGGGAGGGAAACUUCUGAUCCUCCAUAAGCAGAAAAUUAAAAUGAAACUGCGGAUGCAGAGCCGAUCCACCGGGAUGCUAACAGAAAGGAAACAGCAGGGCAACUUCUACAUUUGAAUUUCCACUUGUGCUGGACAUGCUUCUGAAGCGCCUUCAGACGUUCCUGGAUCCUGUUCAUGACCUGUGCUUCCUCUCUGCUUCCUCCUCCUCUUCUCUCCUUGUCCUCCUGUCAUCUCCGUUCUGAUCCCCUGUAGGAGUUCAGCCACAGCCUCAGGCCUCCGAGUUGAACCCACCAACCCAUCCCAUCCGCUUCCCUCCCCGUCUUCCAUCCACCUGCCAUGUCUAACGACACAACCUUCUUGGAGGCCACUGAUUGGUUAGACACCUCCCAGUGCCCGCCCUCAGUAGGCGGUGCUACCUUCCUGAUUGUCGCUUACAGUGCAGUCAUUGCAAUCGGGUUGCUGGGCAACGCAGGCCUUGUAUUUAUCAUCACCCGGCAACAGGAGUUACGCAACGUCACCAACAUCCUGAUCGCCAACCUGUCGUGCUCGGACAUCCUGAUGUGCGUGGUGUGUCUGCCGGUCACUGUCAUCUACACACUGAUGGACCACUGGGUGCUGGGGGAGGCCCUGUGUAAGGUGACGCCCUUUGUCCAGUGCAUGUCUGUGACCGUGUCCAUCUUCUCCCUCGUGCUCAUCGCUCUGGAGCGCCACCAGCUGAUCCUCCACCCCACCGGCUGGACCCCCGCGGCCGGGCACUCCUACCUUGCGGUGGGGCUCACGUGGCUGGUCGGCUGCUUCAUCUCGCUGCCCUUCCUGUCCUUCAACAUCCUCACUAAUGACCCCUUCCAGAACAUCAGCCUGCCCUCCAACCCGUUCAGGGACCAUUUGAUCUGCAUGGAGUUGUGGCCGUCAGACAAACAUCGGCUUGCCUACACAACCUCGUUGCUGAUCUUCCAGUACUGCCUGCCUCUCCUUUUGGUGCUGCUCUGCUACCUGAGGAUCUUCAUCCGCCUGAGACGCCGCAGGGACAUGCUGGAGCGCAGCAGGAGAACCCGGGGAGCCCAGAGGAUCAAUGUCAUGCUGCUAGCCAUCGUCAUCGCGUUUGCUCUCUGCUGGCUCCCUCUAAAUGUCUUCAACACUCUGUUUGACUGGCAUCACCAGGCCCUGCCAAAAUGUCAGCAUGACGCUGUCUUCUCCGCUUGCCACCUUACAGCCAUGGCCUCCACGUGCAUCAACCCCGUGGUGUACGGCUUCCUCAACAGCAACUUCCAGCGGGAGCUGAGGACGACGCUGCAGCGCUGCCAGUGUGGCACCCGGGCAGGCGAGAGCUAUGAGAGCUUCCCUUUGUCUACGGUGGGCAGCGAGGGCAUAACAAAGGCCACUUCGCUCAACAGGAUGGGAUCAGUGUGUGUCCCCUCACCCAAACCUGAGAUCAGCUCAGCUCUGCUAUCCAAAACAUUACCGGCUAACUUGUAACAAUGUGGACAGAAGAAUUCCUUGACAAGAUCCUAAGUGCGGAGUGGUUGUUAGAACGUCAGUUGUGUACAACUGAUAAAGAUCAACUUUGAACCAGUCCAACUCUUGAACCUGGCUAGAAAUGGUCUAAGAUAAUAUUUGACAGCAUAUUGUUCUUGUUGUGAUUGAUCAUCUCAAAAGUUUGAAGACUGUGGAUGGAACUUGGAAGUCCAGAACACCAACACUGAGAAAGCUGAAGGACCUGAACUGUUCUGGUGAAAACCAUCCUGGAAAGGUUCAGCUUUCCAGUUGUGACAGAUCAACCUCAUACCAGACAUUUUAACAUUUUGGGUAAAAAAAACACAUUUUACCGUUUACACACAUGAACAAAAUUGCUGGCACCCCACAGUCACCACUGCAAUAACCUGAAACUGACAAUAGCAAUGAUGAAUACAAAUUUACAGAAAAUUAACCAACAAACAUCAGGGUUUCUGAAUUGUGAUUCAACAGAAUCAUUUUUGAAAAUAAACUAAGGAAACCACAAUGAACCACAGGAAGCAAAUGAGAGAUUUGUCCCAGGAGAUUAGAAAGAAAACAUGCUAAAGGUAAAAGCUACUGGAGCAUCUCUAAGCAGCUCAAUGCUCAAUUGCAUCAAGGGUAAUUGAUGACAGGUUGAAGAGCAGGAGAAUACAAAUAGAAACCAAAGAGCCCAGAACAACCUCCAAGGAAAUUAAAGGUAGACUCCAUGGUCAAGGUCCAUCAGAUUGAACAAUACAUUUUGUCUGAGCCAAAGUGGACUUCAUGGGAGAAGUCACUGUUAAAAGCAAAUCACCCAAAAGCGAGACUGGAAUUUGCUAUAUUGCAUAUUGACAAGACACAGCUCUUCUGGGAAAAUGUCCUUUGGACAAACGAGACAAUAAUGGAUGUUUUUACCAAAGUGCAUCAGCUCUGCAUUCAGAGACCAAAAUUGAUUCAUACGGAUAAAAACAUACUAUGAAACAUGGAGGAGGCUCAGUUCUGAUCAGGGGCAGCUUUCCUACAUCUGUCAGUGGGUUCAGGAUACGAUGAGAUGUUGAGACUAUCAAGGCAUUUUGGACAAAAAUCAACAACCUUGUCAGAAAACUUGGUCUCAGUAGCAGGUCAUGGGCCUUCCAACAGGACAACGGCCCAAACACAACUACAAACACCUAAGAAUGACUAACAACGAAAUAUUGGACUAUUAUGAACCAGUUCGUUUCAAAUGGCUGCUACCAGUCGUUCAUUAACAGAGGGAUACCAACAAGUUAGUCCACGUGAGUCACAUGUUUGUAAAGUGCUGAGGCUUUGUUUGUCAUCGUUCAUUCUUUAAAAUAUCUUUUUUUGUGGCCUUUUAUCUGACAGGAAGAGGGCAGAGAGAAGCAGGGAGAGAUGUGUGUAGAAUUUGGGAUGACCAUGUUGAGAUCUCUUGCCUCUGUAUACGUUUGCAUUGUACUAGCAAAUUUUUUUUUUUUUAUAUGUGGAAAGGAAUGCUAAAUAAGCUUUUUAAGAAAAACUCUAAAAGGAAAAACAGCUAGAAAUUGGUUACAGUAUUCUUUCUCUGCAGAAAGUAAAUUAUGUUAUAGAUCAAACUCGCUACAUCAUUAUGUCGGUUCAAUGAGUGUUACAAUUAUACAGAGCAGGUAAUCUGUUUAUCAUAAUCUACGCCACCAUAGGAUAAGUAGGGGAAAGAAUACCAUACCAGUACAAAUAUGAUAAAGUGCCAUGAAUUUGUUUUAUCCACUUUGUAAUUCCCCCAUUCAGACAUUGCAGCACAAACCAUGAUGUGUCAUCUGGUCCCGUUUGGAUACAUAAAAUGUUCUCAUAAUUCCAGACUAUCAUAUUGUCACUUUCCUAAAAUAUAAUUUUUUUGAAUAAAAGAUGAUUUAGACCACAUAUGUCAGAGUCAAGGCCCGCGGGCCACAUCCGGCCCGCGAGAAGAUUUUCUACGG